CUUCUCUACUCUUUCAUAGAAGAAGAAAACCUAAUUUAUAUUACUGUCAUUCUGUUCAGCAUGCAUUUUGACACAUCUACCAGAAAUGAGAGACUAACAGGCAGUAUUCUCCACUGUGACUGCCUGAAGGACGAUGGUGUUACAUGGAACAAGAAUCGGACAGUAGACCUUGAUGAGCUUAUUGGAGACUAUGACGGAUAUUUCGACUACAAGUCUACACAUUAUUACGAGAAGUCAAAAGACGAAUCUCUUAUUCGCGAACGUGAUGAUGAGGGUGUUGAAGCCAUAAAACUGACAGCACAGCUGUUAAAGAAUGAUAACACAUACCGCGAACGGCAAGGUGUAUUUCUUCACGAUCGCGUCUUAAACGAGAAUGGCACACUCCUACCUAGGUAGCGGCAGACAACUAAGAGUCAUUCUCUUUCCUUUGUGUCCUUGGCAUUUUGUUGAGUUGUUCGUAUCGUUUAUGCCAUACUAUCCUGGUAUGGGUUUUUUCCCCCGUUUUGCGGGGUUUUUCCCCAUACCUGAAUGCAAAUGCAGGGAUUGUAUAAUUCACGUGCUGGUUUAUUAUUCCUUGUCUGGUAGGCUGAAUCGUAGUCAAGUAAUACGAUUUUACAAUUACAGAUUUCUCAUUUGACGAAAAAGAGGUGG